AUGAGUGAGUUUACAGUUGAAAGAGAUGAUAUAUUAUUUCCAGAUUAUAGAGGCCGGUUAACUGAAGGAGUGACAUACAAUCCGUCGAACAAUACGUUAAUUUGGGUUGAUAUUUUACAAGGAGAAGUCCACCGUGCAUCAUUACUUGAGGGAAAGUUUAGUGAAAGCCACGAAAGAUUGAAAUUUGAGGAUCCAAAGGAGUCGAUAGGGGCCAUAGGGUUGACGAAUGACGAUAAUGUGAUUGUGAUAUGUGGCAAACAGGGGAUCGGCAAGGGUUCGUUCAAGACAGGCCAGAUCGAAUAUUUUUUGAAAUAUAACCAUGACGAGACACAGAAGAAGAGGUUGAGGUCAAACGAUGGGAUCAUUGAUCCGUGGGGACACUUGUGGAUUGGGGUUAUGACCGACUUUGAUAUUUCUGAGCAAGAAGGAAAGAUUUCGCCGGAAGGGAAGUUGUACAGAAUUAAUUGCCAUGAUUUGACCAUUGAGACGAUGGUGGAUAACUGCUAUAUACCAAAUGGGUUGGCGUUCUCACAGGACCGGAAACAUUUUUACUGGACCGACUCGUUGACCUAUACGAUUUGGAAGUAUGACUACGACUACAUUUCUAAUACGUUAUCGAACAAGCGCGAGCACAUUUCCGUGAAAGAAGUGGAUGCUGUGAAGCAAUUCAACAGUCCCGAGCCCGAUGGGUUGGUGAUGACUAGGUCUGGCGAAAUAUUUUCGGCUACAUUUUCGACUAGCAGAGUGUUGCAUUUUGACGAACACGGCAAGUAUGUGGAGGCAUAUAAAUUACCAGCAGAGAAAAUAACUAGUGUAACUAUAGGAGGAAAGUUGAACGAUGAAUUGUACAUUACUACUGGUCACCCUCAUUUAAGUCACCCGACAACUUCAAUUGACCCCAACGAUAAGACGGGCGACUUGGGCGGAUUUCUUUUUAGAUAUCACUUGAACAAACCGCAUGAUGUCCAUGUAAAGCAUAUCUGGGGCGGUAAAUUGUGA